AUGGCGGAGUCGGCCGGAGCCUCCUCCUUCUUCCCCCUUGUUGUCCUUCUGCUUGCCGGCAGCGGCGGGUCCGGGCCCCGGGGGAUCCAGGCUCUGCUGUGUGCGUGCACCAGCUGCCUCCAAGCCAACUACACGUGUGAGACGGAUGGGGCCUGCAUGGUCUCCAUUUUCAACCUGGACGGGAUGGAGCAUCAUGUGCGCACCUGCAUCCCCAAAGUGGAGCUGGUCCCCGCUGGGAAGCCCUUCUACUGCCUGAGCUCCGAGGAUUUGCGCAACACACACUGCUGCUACACUGACUUCUGCAACAAGAUCGACCUGAGGGUGCCCAGCGGUCAUCUCAAGGAGCCUGAACACCCCUCCAUGUGGGGCCCCGUGGAGCUGGUGGGCAUUAUUGCCGGCCCAGUGUUCCUCCUGUUUCUCAUCAUCAUCAUUGUUUUCCUUGUCAUUAACUAUCAUCAGCGCGUCUAUCACAACCGCCAGAGGCUGGACAUGGAGGACCCCUCGUGUGAGAUGUGUCUCUCCAAGGACAAGACGCUCCAGGACCUGGUCUAUGACCUCUCCACGUCAGGGUCUGGCUCAGGGUUACCCCUUUUUGUCCAGCGCACAGUGGCCCGGACCAUCGUUUUACAGGAGAUUAUUGGCAAGGGCCGGUUUGGAGAAGUGUGGCGUGGCCGCUGGCGGGGCGGUGAUGUGGCUGUGAAAAUAUUCUCUUCUCGGGAGGAACGGUCUUGGUUCCGGGAAGCAGAGAUCUACCAGACAGUCAUGCUUCGCCAUGAGAACAUCCUUGGGUUCAUCGCCGCUGACAAUAAAGAUAACGGCACCUGGACACAGUUGUGGCUCGUGUCAGACUAUCAUGAGCAUGGCUCCCUGUUUGACUAUCUGAACCGGUACACGGUGACCAUUGAGGGGAUGAUCAAGCUGGCCUUGUCUGCCGCAAGUGGGCUAGCACACCUGCACAUGGAGAUUGUGGGCACCCAAGGGAAACCUGGAAUUGCUCAUCGAGACUUAAAGUCAAAGAACAUCCUGGUGAAGAAAAACGGCAUGUGCGCCAUCGCAGACCUGGGUCUGGCUGUCCGUCAUGAUGCGGUCACAGACACCAUUGAUAUUGCCCCUAACCAGAGGGUGGGAACUAAACGAUACAUGGCCCCUGAAGUACUCGAUGAGACCAUCAACAUGAAGCACUUCGACUCCUUUAAAUGUGCUGAUAUCUAUGCCCUCGGUCUUGUGUACUGGGAGAUUGCUCGAAGAUGCAACUCUGGAGGAGUCCAUGAAGAAUAUCAGCUGCCAUAUUAUGACCUAGUGCCCUCUGACCCUUCCAUUGAGGAGAUGCGGAAGGUUGUAUGUGACCAGAAGCUACGUCCGAACAUCCCAAACUGGUGGCAGAGUUAUGAGGCGCUGCGGGUGAUGGGGAAGAUGAUGCGGGAGUGCUGGUACGCCAACGGCGCAGCCCGCCUGACCGCGCUGCGCAUCAAGAAGACCCUCUCCCAGCUCAGUGUGCAGGAGGACGUGAAGAUCUAG